AUGUAUGUUAAAAUUGAAACGGAGAGAUUAACAUUUAUCAGGUUGAAUAAAACUAAACUCCGAUAUGAAGAGUAUAUACACCUUCGAGAUGCGAUUAAUACAGAUGGAAAUGCACAGAAUGUGGUGCGGAUGACAAUUCUUCCAGCAACAUACAUCGGAAGCCCUAGACAUAUGCACGAAUAUGCACAAGAUGCCAUGUCGUAUGUUCGUCAUUAUGGUGCAGCAGAUUUGUUCAUUACAUUUACAUGCAAUCCUCACUGGAUAGAAAUCAAGCAGGAGUUAUUCCAAGGGAAAUCACCCACUGAUCUUCAUGAUAUUACAGCAAGAGUCUUUAGACUAAAGUUGAAAUCAUUGAUGGAUUCCAUUGUAAAACAUCAUGUGUUUGGUGAGACACGCUGCUGGAUGUAUUAUGUGGAGUGGCAGAAACGAGUAUUGCCACAUGCACACAUUUUGAUUUGGUUGGUUGAAAAGAUAAGGCCAAAUGAAGUUGAUGCAGUGAUAUCAUCUGAAAUUCUUAAAGUACAAGUAGAUCCAGGAUCGCAUGAGGUAGUUAUUAAAAACAUGAUACAUGGUCUCUGUAGAACUCUUAAUCAAAAUUCACCGUGUAUGAUGGACGGCAAAUGUUCGAAACGAUAUCCACGCCCUUUAAUAUCGGAAACAAUUACUGGUAAUGACGGUUAUCCACUGUGUCGUCGCCGAUCGACAGCAGACAAUGGAAGAUCAACAAUUGUCAAAAUAAAUCAACAAGAUAUUGAUAUAGAUAAUUGCUGGAUUGUUCCAUAUUCAUCCAUUUUAUCAAAGACCUUCAAAGCACACAUAAAUGUUGAAUCUUGCCAUUCAGUGAAAGCUAUUAAAUACAUUUGCAAAUAUGUAACCAAAUGUAGUGAUAUGGCUGUCAUUGGAAUUGCUAGAAAAUAA